ACGAGUCAAUAGCAGAUUAUUUUUUUUUUAAUUAAUUUUUAAUAUUUUUACAUUCUUGAAUUUAUUAAAAAAUUUGAAUAGUUUUGUUGUUUUUUUUUAUUUAGUGCUAUUGAAAUCGUUUUCUUUUUUAAAAUGUUUAAUAAAAUUUAUUAUUUAAUUGGAUGUCUAACAAUUCUAAUUUGUUUGCUACCUAAAGAUGAAGCAAAACAAUUACCUGAUUCAUUAAAAAAAUGUGAUAGACAAAAUCCUGAAUGUAUGAGAAAUACUACCGAAACCGUUCUUAGAAUAUGGGAUGAAUUACCUUCAGAAUUUAAUUUACCAUCAAUUAAUCCACUUAAAAUUGAUAAACUUCAAUUGAAAAAAGAAGGAAAUGCUGAUUUCCAAUUUAAUGCUAAAUAUCAUGAUAUCUUGCUAUAUGGCUCAAAUAAUAUUCGUAUAUUAGAAUUCACUGGUGAUAUAGAAAAUGGUAUUCAUGCAAAAGGUUUCAUACCAGUUUACAAUGUUACAUGUGAUUAUAUUCUUUCUGGCAAAUUAUUACUAUUUCAAUUUAAAGGCAGAGGUACCGGUGGUUUAAUAUUAACAAAUACUACAAUUGAUAGUUGGUUAUAUUUUGAAAAAUUUAAUGGUGAUGAUGGUGAAGAAUAUAUAAAAUUAAAAGAAGCUAAAGUAGAUUUAGCACCAAAAAAAAUCGAAGUAAUUGUACAUAAUGAUCCAAAGGAUAUUAAUCCAGAAAUAUCGAAAUUAUUAGAAACAUCUAUAAAUGAAAAUGCUUUUGCAUUAUGGGAAGAAUUUGAACCAGUUUUUAAUAAAAAUUUAGCAAAAGUAUUUAUUUCAUAUGUUAAUAAAUUUAUUAGUCAAGUUCCACUUAAAGAUUUAUUUUUAAAUUAAAAAUUAGCUGUGAAAAAUUUAAAAAAAUUAAAAAAAAAAAAAAAAUAUAAUUUA